CCGACGUCUGCUUUGGCAUCAGGAGAAUCCCAAAAGCUUGAAAGCAAAAACCUCUCAGCAGUUAGAAGUUCUACAACAGUACUUUCUUCUGAGAAGAAAUGCUGCUUGAAAGAAGUUUGCAGUGAGUGCUCUGUGAGAAAAAAAAAGAUGGAAGUAGAUUUGUCCAGCUUCAACAUUGAUACUCCCCGAUGGGACCAGAGUACUUUCAUGGGUCGACUGAAACAUUUCUUCAACAUCACAGACCCUCGUACAGCUCUUGUUUCAGAGCAGACACUGGAUUGGGCCAAGAUGAUGGUUGAAAGUAGCCGGCAUGGUACAGUACCCCCAGGUACCAACCAAGAGCAACUGUUGUAUGCCAAGAAGCUCUACGACUCAGCCUUCCACCCAGACACUGGGGAUAAGAUGAACGUGAUUGGACGAAUGUCAUUUCAGGUGCCAGGAGGCAUGGCCAUUACAGGCUUUAUGCUCCAGUUCUACAGGACAAUGCCAGCAGUGGUCUUCUGGCAGUGGGUCAACCAGUCCUUCAAUGCUUUGGUCAACUACACCAACCGGAAUGCAGCAUCCCCUAUAUCUGUCAGGCAGAUGGUUGUGUCCUACUUCACAGCGACCACCACAGCCCUGGCCACUGCCCUGGGGCUUAACAUGUAUGCCAAGAAAGCUCCACCCUUGGUGGCCCGAUGGGUACCCUUUGCUGCUGUUGCUGCUGCUAACUGUGUCAACAUCCCUAUGAUGAGGCAACAGGAGCUCAUCCACGGCAUCAGUGUGACUGACAGGAACUCCCAGGAGUUGGGUCAUUCACGGAAAGCUGCAGUCAUUGGCAUCUCCCAGGUGGUCAUUUCCCGAAUCACCAUGGCAGCUCCUGGGAUGAUAUUACUUCCCAUCCUCAUGGAAAGGCUGGAAAAGUUGGCCUUCAUGAAGAAAAUUCACUUCCUGCAUGCCCCUCUGCAGGUGAUGCUGGCUGGGGGCUUUCUGGUCUUCAUGGUACCUGUGGCUUGUGCCAUCUUUCCACAGAGAUGUGAGAUGGCGGUCUCACAUCUGGAACCUGAGCUCCAAGACUCCCUCAGAGCUAAGCACGGAGACCUCAUAUCUUAUGUCUACUUCAACAAAGGACUCUGAAGUACCUUCCUCUUCAUUCUCUGGCUAUUCCAGGCUCUCAGAAUUUACUCUCUCUCUUCCCAGUACUCAUAUAUAAAAGCCACGCCUAGACAUAGGUGGUCUUGGGUUCAAAUUUGGCCUCAGACACUUCCUAGUGUGUGAUCUUGGACAAGUCACUUAAC